AGAAUGAACAUGAAUAUUCAAGGUGGCGCCACAUGUAGCCACCUGAAAUCAUUUAAAAAUUUGGGAGAAGAAAAAAAUAAAAAACCCUAAUUCAACAUUUCUACCUCACACUCUCUAGUUUCUACUACUACAUUCUAGAAUUCUUAUCGCGGCUUAGGUUGCCGGAGCGGAGAAUUGUUGAAACGGAGGACGAUGGCGGCGGUGGACGACAGAAACGGCGGCGAUGAGAGUGAGACGAGCGAUUAUACGUCGGAAGAUGAGGGGACUGAAUACUACCGGAGCGGAGGCUACCACGCCGUCCGAAUUGGAGACGCAUUCAAGCAGGGACGUUAUGUAGUUCAGAGCAAGCUUGGCUGGGGCCAUUUCUCCACUGUCUGGCUCGCUUGGGACAUUCAAACUUCCAAAUUUGUGGCUCUAAAAAUUCAAAAGAGUGCUCACCACUAUACUGAAGCAGCAAUGGAUGAGAUUGCAAUACUAAAGCAAAUUGCAGAAGGAGAUCCAGAAGACGAAAAGUGUGUGGUUAAGUUAUUGGAUCACUUUAAGCAUUCAGGCCCCAAUGGACAGCAUGUUUGUAUGGUUUUCGAGUACUUGGGUGAUAAUCUUUUGACCCUUAUUAAGUAUUCGGAUUAUCGAGGGGUUCCUCUUCACAUGGUUAAAAAAAUUUGCUUCCAUGUUUUAGUGGGUCUGGAUUAUCUUCAUCGCCAACUCUCGAUCAUACACACGGACUUGAAGCCUGAAAAUAUCUUGCUUUUAUCGUCGAUUGAUCCAAGCAAAGAUCCAAGAAAGUCCGGUGCUCCUCUCAUUCUUCCAUCUAGUAGAACUAAGAUUGUCCCGGAUCCAGGGACUUCAAGUGGUGUCAAGACUUCGAAUACUGAUCUGACCAGGAACCAGAAGAAGAAAAUUCGGAAAAAGGCUAAGCAGGCAGCUCAAAAAUGCGCUGGCAAAGACACACCGGAGGAAGUUGAGCAAGAUAAUGAAGCUAAUAGUCCCGAAGACUCUUUUCAUGAUGCAAAAGCAGAUAGAGACUCGGCUGAAUGCCAAACUGAUAACAUAUCCUACAAAAAUGAGUCAUGUAAACUAGAGGGUGCCUCAGAUAGUCUCGUAGAGACUGAAAAACAUAAGAGAGUCAGCCGCUCAGUAAGGCAAAAGCUAUCGGCUGAGGUUGACCUUAAAUGCAAAUUGGUUGAUUUUGGAAAUGCUUGUUGGACUUACAAACAGUUUACAAGUGAUAUUCAAACGAGACAAUAUAGAUGCCCCGAGGUUAUUUUGGGCAUUAAGUACUCAACUCCAGUAGACCUCUGGUCCCUUGCUUGCAUUUGCUUCGAGCUGGCUACCGGGGACGUACUGUUUGAUCCUCAUAGUGGUGACAAUUAUGACAGGGACGAGGACCACUUGGCGUUAAUGAUGGAGCUUCUGGGAAUGAUGCCACGCAAGAUUGCCUUAGGUGGGCGCUAUUCACGGGAGUUCUUCAACAGAUACGGAGAUUUGAGGCACAUAAAACGCUUGCGGUUCUGGCCUCUUAGUAAGGUGCUCAAGGAAAAGUAUGAUUUCAGCGAGCAAGAUGCAAGAGACAUGGCAGAUUUCCUCGUUCCCUUGUUCGAUUUUGUGCCCGAGAAAAGACCCACAGCGGCACAGUGCCUCAACCAUCCAUGGAUAACUGGAGGACCCCAACAUCAUCCUCUGUCUUCUGCAUCCACUUCUUUGCUAACACCAACAGAAGAUGGAAGUUCCGAGAAAGAGGAGAAGAAUGAGAGAGAGGCAAUGGAGGUGAGAAUGAGGAAUAUUAAUAUAGCCAGCCAUUGAUGGAACUCCAUAGUCCAUAACAAUUCAAGGCUUCUCAAUCUACAGGAAACCAGACAGAAAGCAUAAACUGUAACUUAUUCAGGUUUUGCUUUUUUUUUUUUUUCCCUGUAUCAUCCCAUUUUGCCCCUUACAAAAGUAGUGGGGUUUAUGAGGCUACCCAAUCAAGUUGGUAAGAUAACUGGCUUGGUCACAGGUAAUGACUGCUAGUUUUCCCACAUAGGGUUCAUGUUUAGAUGUAAAAGUAUAUAGUUCAAAAUUCUAGGUGUUAUCCGUUGACCGUUGUAAUCUUAUAUAUACAGUACGAUUAUUAUGAAUUUAUAACCAUUUGAAACAA